AUGGUCCUAACGCCGCCGACGCUGCCGAAAAUUGCUGUUCCUGGUGGUCUUUCCAAAUGGUCCAAACGGCUCAAGCAACCAACGGACAAUGCCUUCCGUGACAACAUCAAUGUGAUCAAACCGAAGGCCACACGAACGACCAACCAGCACGCCAGUCCUCCCAAGGCCAAAGACUCAAAUUCAAGCAAGUCAUUCGCACCGGCCAAGCCGCCGCCCCAGUCGGAUGAUUCGCUGUUUGAGACGUCGUACCAGCUCUCGAACGACCGCGCCCACCAAACUGUCGUGCUGCGCGCAAUUGUGAAGCGCAUCGACAAGUACCUUCGUCGGAAGCGCAUGCGCGUGAUCGACCUGUUUCGGUACUGCGAUUUUGACCAUUGCGGGUAUAUCACGCCUGGGGGGAUGGAAGAAGUGCUGCGGCAAAUGGACAUUCGCCUUCCACCUGCCGAGAUGGAGAUGUUCAUGAUGCACUUGGACACCAACAAGAAUGGCGUGAUCGACGUUGACGAAUUCGAGAGCCUCGUGCGGGUGCAUCGACGCACCGAUGCUCGUCGGGACCAGCUGCGGCAAGAACUGCCGCAUGUCCUCAAGCUCGACCCCGUGUCGGCAUCUCCUGCUCCCUCGCACUCGUCGUCCAUCGUUCCGUCGUCACUGCUAGCCCUCAAAGAUCAAGUGUUACAUGCCGCGCAUGCCCUCGAUCCAGAUGCAACUGGCACCGUGGCAGCCGCACCCCUUGCAAAAGCAAUCGGGGGCCUCACCGUGCCAAAAAUUCCGUCUGAUGUCGUCGAGUCGUUUGUCGCCAUGUGUCGACCCCUCCACGGCCUCGUAGUGGUCGCGGACAUCGAGCGCGUGCUUGCAGGACCGAUCGGCAAAGGCGGCAAGAAGGGCAAUCGAUUCCUAGACCACACGUGGCUCGGCCAAUUCGACGCCCAGAUGGAAAAGGUGCGGGGCCUCGGGAGCUAG